GUCGGUUGAUGUCUUCCUGCUCCAUGAUGCUCAGAAUGCGGAUUUAGUGAUGUCAGUCCUUCCCAAACUCCAGAGCAGUGUUUCUGCAGGGGAACAGAGAUGAGGACAGUGAGGACAAAGAUGUGAGCGCUGAUGAGACUUAAAUCCAUCCAGAAAACCCAUGGAACAGGAUGUGGAGAGACCAGCCAUCAACAGACAGCUCAAUUUGCCAAAACAGGCCCGUGAGGACCUUCCCAAACAGCGGGCAGAAAUGGAUAGAUCAAAGAAGAAAAUUCAGCGGUAUGUCCAAAAAGACGGGAAGUGCAACGUUCAUCAUGGGAAUGUUAGAGAGACAUACCGCUAUCUAACAGACAUUUUUACUACGCUGGUGGAUCUCAAGUGGAGAUUCAACCUUUUCAUCUUUGUCUUGGUAUACACAGUUACCUGGCUCUUCUUCGGCUUCAUGUGGUGGCUUAUUGCUUACCUUCGUGGUGAUUUCGACCAUGUAGCAGACAACAAAUGGACUCCAUGUGUCAAUAACCUCAACGGGUUUGUAUCUGCAUUUCUGUUCUCCAUUGAGACAGAGACUACCAUUGGUUAUGGUUACAGAGUCAUCACAGACAAAUGCCCUGAGGGGAUUGUUCUACUUUUAGUCCAGUCAGUGCUUGGAUCUAUUGUCAAUGCCUUUAUGGUGGGUUGCAUGUUCGUUAAGAUUUCACAGCCAAAGAAGCGAGCAGAGACACUUGUGUUUUCCACCAAUGCAGUCAUCUCGAUGAGAGAUGGACGGCUGUGCCUGAUGUUCAGAGUUGGAGACCUCAGAAACUCUCACAUUGUUGAGGCUUCUAUCAGGGCCAAGUUAAUCAAGUCGAAGCAGACCAAGGAAGGGGAGUUCAUCCCCUUGAACCAAACAGACAUAAACGUAGGUUACAACACAGGAGACGACAGGCUCUUCCUCGUGUCACCACUCAUCAUCUGCCAUGAGAUAAAUCAGAACAGCCCCUUCUGGGAGAUUUCUCAAGCCCACCUGGCAAAGGAGGAGCUGGAAAUUGUUGUGAUCCUGGAAGGAAUGGUGGAGGCCACAGGCAUGACGUGCCAAGCACGAAGCUCGUACAUCAGCAGUGAAAUUAAGUGGGGAUACCGCUUCACGCCAGUCCUGACACUGGAGGAUGGCUUCUACGAAGUGGACUACAACAGCUUCCACGAGAUCUAUGAAACCAACACACCGUCCUGCAGUGCCAAGGAGCUGGCCGACAUGUGCGGCCGCGCACGCUUGCCUCUUAACUGGUCGCUGGCCAGUAAGCUGAGCCAGCAGGGCCUGUCGGAGUCUGAGCUGGAAGGUCUGGAGGUAAAGUCCAGCCAGGACAGCCAGGAGACACGAGAACAGACUGAGAGAAAUGGGAACAUUUCCAACAAAGAGGGUGAAUCAAAAGUGUAGAGGGACAAAAAA